AUGCUGGAUAAUUUAUCGGGAAUGCGCACACUCUCUGACCCACAACAAAGCUGUCAACAUAUCCGAGCUUACUGUGCCGAAGUUGUUACUAUUCGCCGAGGGCUACAACGUGGCAUGCUGAAUCUUGCACCUAGAAAGUGCAAGCGGCUGGGAGCCUCAAGCGGGAGGAGUCUUGCCACUGCUUUGUUGGUAAAGUACCUUAGGGUGCACUGCCUACGAUCACAAUCUAUUCGAGGAAUACGUCUUAAACUACAAGCACACAGGUCAAUUGAAUCAUCAUUCGAUUAA